UGAGCCCAUGGGCUCAAGUCCUUAGCUCUGUUUGGGGGGGGGGGGUCGGUAGAAUAACUUUAUAUUUGAAUGAGAAGCUAACGGCAUCAGAUACCAGGCAGGAGUUAAAGCUGGGGGGCAAUGGCUCUGAUCACCUUGUUGGAAUUGGCUGAUCUCUCCAUCGGGACGCCAGAGAUCGGGGUGGUCAAUUUUAAUGCCCUCCACACUUUGCUCCAUGCCAUCAUUAAACAACUCAACCUGCAGGAUGUCAAAGCGGAGAUGCAUGAUGAGAAACCUACGUCCCCGGAAGCUGCACCUUUGCAGGAGAAAGAGAGAAAGGGCAAGCGCGAUGAGUCAGAAGACUUACCCUAUGCUGACUUAGAGAAGAAGGUCAUUGGGGUGGCCUCUCAGGUGCAUGGCGUGGAGGCCAAGGUGAUUGGAGUGGAGGCUCAGGUGCAUGGGGUGAAAUCUCAGGUCCAUGGAAUAGGGGAACAGGUUCAAGGGCUUGAGAAGCAAAUGGCUGCCCUGGAAAAAUUGCCUUCUGGGACAGACUUGCUGGAAAGGACCAAAAGCGGCUCUCCGAAUGGCUCUGCUGUGGCCGACAUGUGGCAAAUGAUGCAAAUGAAGAAAAAGAUAGAAGCUAAUGAGACUGGCAUCUCCAAGGCCAUGGCUCUGUUCCAGGAUCUGCUGAAUGAGGUCAAUGGCGUGAAGGCAGCCAAUUUCCAUAUGAACGAGGGCCUCGAAAACAUCAAGGAGAAACUUGACUUGAAUUUACAACUAGAUACCCAGGAGAUUGGCAAUCGACUGCAGGCCUGCAUCGCAGAUCAGAAGAACUUGGAUAACGAUGUGAGGAACCUAGAGCAAAGGAUAAACCUCUAUCCUUCCCCCGAAGAAAUGUAUAGCAUGGUGCGCUGGGAAGUUCUGGAGGACUGCCUUGUGACAGGCAAAGGCAAGAGCCCACCCACUGAAGCCCAGUCUGCGGAUCCCAGCCUAGGCCAGCCCUCUCCAGCCGAGCAACCAGCUUCAGUUAUGGACACCCAAGCGAGAAAACCCGCUGCACCCUGGGCAGGGACUCCAGGGAGCCAGCCUGGCUCUCCCAGCAGCAGACCUGGUACUCCAGGGAUGCAGGCAGGGACCAGGGCAGGCAUGCCAGUGGUCCAGCCAGCAGCCCGGGCAGGCACUCCAGGAACCAGUGCAGGCACACCAGAAGCUCAAGCAAUCACUCCAGCGGCCCAGCCAGGCUUCCCCGGGGCCCAGCCAGGCUUCCCUGGGGCCCAGCCAGGAGCCCAGCCAGGCUUCCCCGGGGCCCAGCCAGGAGCCCAGUCAGGCUUCCCCGGAGCCCAGCCAGGCUUCCCCGGGGCCCAGCCAGGAGCCCAGCCAGGCUUCCCCGGGGCCCAGCCAGGAGCCCAGCCAGGCUUCCCCGGGGCCCAGCCAGGAGCCCAGUCAGGUUCCCUAGGAGCACAGCCAGGGGCCCAGCCAGGCUUCCCCGGGGCCCAGCCAGGAGCCCAGCCAGGCUUCCCCGGGGCCCAGCCAGGCUUCCCCGGGGCCCAGCCAGGAGCCCAGCCAGGCUUCCCCGGGGCCCAGCCAGGCUUCCCCGGGGCCCAGCCAGGCUUCCCCGGGGCCCAGCCAGGAGCCCAGCCAGGCUUCCCCGGGGCCCAGCCAGGAGCCCAGCCAGGUUCCCUAGGAGCACAGCCAGGGGCCCAGCCAGGCUUCCCCGGGACCCAGGCAGGAGCCCAGCCAGGCUUCCCUGGGGCCCAAGCAGGUGCUCCAGGAAUCCAGCCGAGCUUCCCUGGCACCUGGCCCAGUUCCCCAGUGACCCAGGUGGGGCCUCCUAGAGUCUGGCAUGGAGCUCCAGGGGCCCAGGCAGGCUACCUCGGGACUCCAGCAGACACUUCAGCCUUCCAGCCCACAUCACCUACAGCAGGUCCCUCAGCUCUAGCAGCCCAGCUUGCAAUUCCACCUGGCCCUUACUCUGCCGUUACAUCCCCGGCAUCACCUUUACAAGAGAAGGACAAACACCUAACAUCAUCCACGCCGCAAGAGUCUUCCGGCUCCAGCAGCGCCUCCAGCCGCUACUCGGAUACUGUGGAAGCGCUGCGCCGGGUCGGGCAGCUGACCGACCUCUACACCGCCUUGCAGGAGCAGAUAAACCACCUGGAGCAAUUCAAGUGUAGCCACGCCGACCUCGACAAGCUGCGACAAUUCCUCUUGGAUGCAGUCCCUAAGAACCUCUCCAGCAUGCCUGCUGACCUCAUGGACCAGCUGUCUUCCCUGAAGGCCACGGCAGAAGACAUGAAAGAUGUAAAGGCCAAGGUAAGGAAGCUGCAGAAUGUCCUUGAAGCAGAGGUGGAAACAGAAGCAGAUCAGAAAGUGAAGGGAUCCAGUCAGAUUAACCUGCAGUUAGGUUACCUCAGAUCGACAGUACAUGACAUAGAGAAAGAGCUGCAGGAGCUGAGGGAGCAGCAGGAUCACGGCAAAGCCAAGUUGGAGCAGUCGGUCACUGACACAGCCCUCUACCUGCAGGAACAGUUAGACAAGCUUAGAUCUGUCAUAGAGACCAUGAUGACCUCCUCCUCCACCUUGCUAUCCAUGAGCAUGCCCACUAGCCCGGAGCCUGGGGAGGCAGGGCCGAAUGGCACGUGCCCGGCCUGCAGCCUAGACGUCAGCGAGCAGGUUAGCCAGCUGUUCAAACGCUAUGAACAGCUGCAGGAUUUAAUUAGCAGCUUCAUGACAAGGCACACGGAAAGCAAGCCAGCAAAGAGGCCUCAGCUGAGGAGCCAGGAUGAAGAGCUGCUGAGUCGCAUCCAAAACACCAUCCUCCAGGUGCAAGGAGACUGUGAGAAUCUCAAUGCCACCACAGGAAACCUCAUAGAAGACCAUCGGCAGAAGCAGAAAGAUAUUGCUCUUCUCUUCCAGUCACUGGAGAAGUUGGAAAAGGAGAAAGCAGACAAGGAGCAUCUGGAGACAGAAAUUGAUGUGAAAGCAGACAAGAUGGCCCUGGCUGGCAAAGUCAGCCGCACGCAGUUUGAUGCCACCACGGAGCAGCUGAAUAAGAUGAUGCAGGAUCUGGUGAACAAGAUGAGCGGGCAGGAGCAGGACUGGCACAAAGUGCUCGACAAAAUCUUGGUGGAGAUGGACUCCAAGCUGGACCGCCUGGAAUUAGAUCCCUUCAGACAGCAGCUGGAAGAGCGUUGGAAGGCCAUCCGGAAACAGCUGAAGGAGAGGUCUCCGCAGUACGCAGCAGAUGAUGCUGCUGGAAUUAGGAAAAGACUGAUGGCUCAUUUCCACUGCAUUUCCUGCGACAGACCUCUGGAAAUGGUAGUGCCUGGCCCGACCAUCAUGACCAUCCCCUCCGUGCCGGGGUUACCAUCCCACCGCUCCAUCCGGCCCUACACCGUCUACGAACUGGAGCAAGUCAGGCAGCACACCCGCAGUCUGAAGUUAGGGCUUAGGCCCUACCCUCGCUUGGAUGCGCUCCAGCUGGAGAAGAGCGCGGGCCUUGGCAAGCUGCGCAGCAUCCACUCCAAGAUGCUCAUGGACAUAGAGAAGGUGCAGAUCCACUUUGGGGGCUCGGCGAAGGCCAGCAGUCAGAUGAUCAGGGAGAUAAUGCAGUCGCAGUGUCUCAGCCCAGGCCAGUAUAACAAACGUGACAAGAUGGCGGAGAUGGCAGAAUAUGGUUACCUGUCCAUGCCUCGGCACUGCGGCGGCAGCCACACCCUCACCUACCCCUACAGGCGCUACACACGGCUGCAACAAAUCGCCCAGUGUAUGCCGGUGCAUCCCGAGGAGACUGCCAUGCUGACAGUGAUGAAGCGUGAAGAGGUGGAUAUCCUGGGCCUGGAUGGACACAUCUACAAAGGGAGGAUGGACACUCGGCUCCCAUCAAUUUCAGCCAAGGAUGGUCCUUUGAAGUCCAAACCCAAGAUCUCCCGGUCUUCAUCACAACGGCAGCCGGCCCUGAUGGACACAGCCGGCCUCCCUGCACGCCCGCACAGCGCCAAACUGUCUUCCCCUAGCAAUUCAGGUACAGCUAGGUCACUAAAGGACAGGCCCGUGUCAUCAGAGGGUCGACUGUCCCGGGUGGACCUGACCCAUCUAUCAACCUCAACACCUCCCCCUGAGGAGGGAAGAGAGGAUUCUCCCAUGCAGGAGAAAGAAACCCUAGAGCUUCAGCUGGACCUUUCCAUGCGCCGGCGAUCGGCUGAGCAGCCAGCUCCAUUACAGUGACUGCGAUGGCAGGAAAGCAGCGCUCGCUGACAGAAGCCAGGCAAUAAAGAGUGAGCAGAACAGAGAGGAGGCUGUGUACAUGCGUCGCAGCGAUAGGAACAGGGAGCUUUUUGUGCGGUCCCUGCGGCAAACAGGACCUAGGGCUGUUCCACGUAGCAGCACUGUGAAAAGGCAGAGGUGGGCAGCACAGUCAAUCGUGAAAACAAUUCAUCCCUGGCCUUUGCAAAUCCUUCCUUCGCUGCUGCUAGCUUUGCCUGAGUAGAUUUUGCAAAUACCAGAUCUUCUGCAUAAGCCAGUUUGACACCAGCUCAUUUCAACCCCCCGGGAUCUUGCAGUGUCCUGUAUAUCACAGAGCCUGACGCACCUCAUGGGCAGGGCCGGCUCCAGGCCAC